GCUCAUGUAGGGAACCCACCCCUUUUGUGGGUUUUCAUUCUGAAGCUAUUCACAACUUCACACCUGAAUGAAUGCCAAACCUCUCUGAAUAUAUAAGGGAAACCUUCAAGAGCAAUUUCAGAGUUACCAAGAAGAAGCAGAAGAAAAAGAUUUCACCCAGCUCUGUCAGACAGAGACUGAACAACCAUGCUUCUCCCUGCCAUUCACUUCUAUGGCUUUCUCCUAGCUUGCAUCUUCACGAAAAGCUACUUGGCUUUCAAGAAUGAUGCCACGGAGAUACUUUAUUCACACGUCGUUAAACCUGCUCCAGCGAGCCCAAGCAGUAAUAGCACGUUGAAUCAAGCCAGGAAUGGAGGCAGGCACUAUGCCAGCGCUGGAUCCGACCGUAACAAUCGUGUUCAAGUUGGCUGUCGGGAACUGAGAUCCACCAAGUACAUUUCAGACGGCCAGUGCACCAGCAUCAAUCCUCUGAAAGAGCUGGUGUGUGCUGGUGAAUGCCUCCCUUUGCCACUGCUCCCCAACUGGAUUGGUGGAGGUUAUGGAACCAAGUACUGGAGCAGGCGGAGCUCGCAAGAGUGGAGAUGCGUCAAUGACAAAACUCGCACCCAGAGGAUCCAGCUUCAGUGCCAGGAUGGAAGUAUAAGAACCUACAAAAUAACUGUGGUCACAGCCUGCAAGUGCAAGCGAUACACCAGGCAGCACAACGAGUCCAGCCACAACUUUGAGGGAACCUCUCAAGCAAAGCCUGUCCAGCACCAUAAAGAGAGAAAAAGAGCCAGUAAAUCCAGCAAACACAGUACAAGUUAGAAGUCAGACAUUCUUUCCUCUCUCAUCUCCCUCUCCUCCUGUCAAAACUGAAUUCACCUGUAACCACCUGCUUUACAGAUCUGACUGCUUAAAGACAAGUCUGCCAUUGCUGUGUUCUCAGUUGACGCUAUACACUUGUUGCUUUGACCAAAAUCAGAAGGAGCAUUCUCGGCAUAUGGACUUUUUUGGUCAUUUUCCAAAUGGGGGAAUAGAUGGGGAAUAACACAAGCUUUCCAAAUCCACCCUUUAAACUCCUCCAAUUUCUCCAGGCAUGGAGGCAAAGAGAAGUUGCCGUGAAUAUUCACUGAAGUGUAUUUUGUAAAAAGAAGCUUUGUUGUGUGUUUUCAUGAGAACAAUUAACUAUCACAUCUAUUGCCUUCUGUGUCUUGUUUUAUGAACUUCUGACAACAGCUUAAAAAUACAACAUCUAGUAUCUGCUUUCAGAUGCAUUCUAAGAAAAAAAUGCCUUGCAUGCUGACCUUUCUCUUGUUAUCUCAGUAUACCAAAAAUUAAAAUAUGCAUGGCAGCAAUUGAAAAGUAAAGCUGAACGAACUAUUUAUUUGUUGUUGUAAUUAUUUAAUGAGCUUGUGUGUGUGUUAUUUCCCUCCAAAAUGUUCUUAUGUUUAUAGCUUUUCUCAUGUAUCAAAGUAUUUUCCUAUGAUUUGUAGCUGGAUUAGAACAUACGUUUUGUAGAUAAUGUAAAAAUAUAUGUCUUAGCAUUCUUGGUAUGUAUAUUUCCACUUUGAACAUUUGUAGACUUAGGUGUUAUUCUGAAGUAACAACAAAAAAAUUGUUUUAUCCAUGCUCCACUUUGUAUUAUUUUUGUUUAAAAGUGUGCAAUCAAAAGACAGAUAUGACUUUCUUUCAAAUUCAUUGGUUUCUUUUUUUUUUUUUUAACAGAAAUAAACACUGCUAA